UCUGCCAGACAGGUGCUGUCCUGUUCCUGCUUGUGACUGUGAUUGUGAACAUCAAGCUGAUCUUGGACACCAGGAGAGCUGCUUAUGAGGAGGAAGAGGACUCCACGCAGGACUAUGAUGAUGACAUGCUGGACAUGGAGGUCCCUAAGCAGCCUGCCAACACCAGGAAGGUCUUGGAUGUUGAGGUCUAUUCCAGCCGAUCAAAGGUCUACGUGGCUGUGGAUGGGACAACGGUCUUGGAAGAUGAUGCUCGAGAGCAAGGAAGAGGGAUCCAUGUCAUCGUCUUAAAUCAAGCCACGGGUCAUGUGAUGGCCAAAAGGGUCUUUGACACCUAUUCUCCCCAUGAGGAUGAAGCCAUGGUACUCUUCCUCAACAUGGUUGCCCGGGGCCGCAUCCUGAUUUUCACCAUUAAGGAUGAAGGCUCCUUCCACCUCAAGGACACAGCUAAGAAUCUUCUAAAAAGCCUGGGGAGCCAAGUUGCACCAUUCCUAAGCUGGAGAGACAUGUGGACAUUUGUGGGGAAGAAGGGAGGGGAGGUGUACGGUGAGAAGCACUCAAAGUCGCCUGCCCUCUCCACAUGGGGUGACGCUGUACUACUGAAGACAGAAGUCCACCUGACAUCCUUGGAAGAUGCCGAGUGCCACUGGCCCAACACAGAGCUGAACCGCCGCCGCAAGACGUUUUGCAGCAAAGUCGAAGGUUACGGCAGCGUGUGCAGCUGCAAAGACCCCACUCCCAUCGAGUUCAACCCCGAGCCCCUCAAAAACAAUAAAGUCUUUGAUGUGCCUGUAGCUGUAAUUGCAGGGAACCGGCCCAACUACCUGUACAGGAUGCUGCGCUCCUUGCUGUCGGCUCAGGGAGUCAAUCCUGAGAUGAUCACGGUGUUCAUUGACGGCUACUAUGAGGAGCCUAUGGAUGUUGUGGAGCUGUUCGGUCUUGCUGGAAUCCAGCACACUCCCAUCAGCAUUAAAAAUGCCAGAGUUUCCCAGCACUACAAAGCCAGUCUGACUGCAACCUUCAACCUGUUCCCGGAGGCCAAAUUUGCUGUGGUUCUGGAGGAAGACCUUGACAUCUCUGUUGAUUUCUUCAGCUUUCUGAGCCAGUCCAUCUACCUGCUGGAGGAGGAUGAGAGCCUGUACUGCAUCUCAGCCUGGAAUGACCAGGGCUACGAGCACACAGCUGAGGACCCCUCGCUCCUGUACCGUGUGGAAACCAUGCCAGGCCUGGGCUGGGUACUCCGCAAAAGCCUGUACAAGGAGGAGCUGGAGCCGAAGUGGCCAACCCCAGAGAAGCUCUGGGACUGGGACAUGUGGAUGCGGAUGCCUGAGCAGCGGAAGGGCCGGGAGUGCAUCAUCCCGGACAUCUCGCGCUCCUACCACUUUGGCAUCGUGGGGCUCAACAUGAACGGCUACUUUCACGAAGCCUAUUUCAAAAAGCACAAGUUCAACACAGUCCCAAAUGUCCAGCUUAAAAAUGUGGAGAGCUUGAAGAAGGAUGCUUACGAAAUUGAAAUUCAUCGGCUGCUUGGUGAGGCUGAGGUUUUGGACCACAGCAAGAACCCCUGUGAAGACUCCUUUGUGCCUGACACUGAGGGCAAGGUCUACGUCAUGUUCAUCAAGAUGGAGCAGGAAGCUGAUUUUACCACGUGGACUCAGCUUGCCAAGUGCCUCCACAUCUGGGACCUGGAUGUCCGUGGAAAUCACAAGGGGCUGUGGAGGCUUUUCCGCAAGAAGAACCACUUCCUCGUGGUGGGCGUCCCUGCCUCUCCCUACUCGUCCAAGAAGCCCCCAUCGGUGACCCCGAUCUACAUGGAGCCCCCUGCCAAGGAGGAGGGGGCGGUGGCAGCGCCAGCGGUCCCUGCAGCGGAGCAGACAUGAGAGCAGCAGCUGGGGAGGAAGGGGGCACUGGAGAGGCAGAGACCAGUGGGCGGCUGCCCUCGGAGCCUGGUGACCGGACACCAACUCCAGCUUCAGGCUGCAAAGUGAGAUCUUGGGUCCCCCUCUUCCUGGAAUGGGAUCCUUCCCUGUAGAUCUGCUACCCCUACGGCAUGGGAACCUUUUGAACAGACUCUUUACUAACGCUGCUCCCUUCUCUCCCCACCUGGGCUCCCUGGGCAAGGCUGGAGGAAGAGGAUGCCCGGUCUUGGGCUGGAGGGGCAUUCAGCAAUGCCUGUGGCUCCUUCCUUCCCCACCCCAGGUCCUGGGAAGAGCAGCUGGCUUUUGUAGGAAGUGCUGCAGCCGACCAGCUGGCUUUUAUUUAUUAACUCUUGCCUGUCUGGCCUCGUGCCCAGCGCAGUGGUGAAGAGGGGAAUCUCCCAGCAUCUCUUCUCCCUCCUGCACCAUGGAUGCACCUUGAAGACUGCCCUGGACUGGAUGUCUCCCUGCAUCCCAGCUCACUGCCUGGACCAUGGGCCCCAGAGCAGCCCAGCUUCUAGGCAAGAGGGAAUGCUGCCGAAGAGCUGACCUUGCCGCGCCGGCGGAGGGGACCCCCGCUCCCCAUGGCGAGGGCCGCUGAGGGGCUGCCCUUUCCCCUCAGUUGUGGGGGACAGAUGACUGGAUGGAGCAGGCCCAGGCUCUGCGCUGCUGCUCACACCGUCCUUGCCAGCUCCUGCGGGGCAGCAGCCUUGGGCCGGGGCGAGGGCUGAAAGUGCCUUGUGGAGCCAGAGGAGCAGCGAAGGGCACCCCGCUCUGCCACCCCCAGCGCAGAGGCAGGAGCUGCCCGAGCCCUCCGGCAGGCAGUGCUAGGCACGAGUGAUGCUGCAGCCGGGCACGGGCCUUGCUGUGGUACUGCCCCUGUCCCUCCCGCGGGGCCAGCUACCCCCAGGCCCUCACACAGGAUGGGGUCUCAUUCUCCCCUCUCUCCCCUUAGCACGGUACGUCUGCCAGGGCCGCCGCGGCCGAGCUCCAUGGGCAGCCUGGCUCGGAGCAGUCCCUGUGCAGAGGGAGGGGUGGCUGCCCUGCCUCCCCAGGGCCCCAUCCCACCCCCCUGGUACUAGUUGCCUCAAUCCCGGGCACUCCUGCUCCCUGCUCUCACUGCCCUCCCUGUCGUAUCCAUGCAACAAUAGUCAAGUUCUUUGCCCAGGUCGCCUGUGCUCAGCUUUGUGCCCAGCAAGGGCUUUGCUGCCCAGUCCUGUCUCUGUGGCCACAGGCAGGGUACAUGAGGGGUAACCCUCCAGCUGCAGCGCCCUUGGGCCAGGUGCUCUUGAGCGGAGCACCAGGCCACCUGGGCCACCCACCCCAGCUCUCCAUGGGAUCCACACUACACUAAUUUAUUUAUUUAUUACUGGUGGGAAGGGGAUAGCAGGAAUGUAGCAGGGAGAGCUGGGAGCCCCCGAGGGCACAGUCCUGCCGCACCUCUCUUUUGAGCCCCCAUCUCCAUCCUUCAUUCCCUCUCUUCUUCCCUCCUUUGCUCAGCAGCAGAAAAUGUGAACCCAGCUCCUGAUCUGCUCCUGUGGUCCCACUAAGCCCAGGUGAGCAGAGCUGCCCUCGGCUGUGGGGCCAGGGCAGCUGGGUGGGCAGAGCCUGCACAGCCACAGGGAUGUCACAGGUCCCCACUGCAUCCUGUUCAUCCCGAUGCCCUCAAGACUUUUUGGUAGCAGCCCCAGGGCUCAGAUCAUCGCUGCCUUGCUGCAGCCCCUCUGCUCUCGGCUCUUCUCUGGGGCUCUGGUACUGUGGGUGUCUGGGUUCGUCUUCAGUCUCAGCUGGUCCUUGGGCAUUUUAGAAAGGUCCUUUAAAGGCCCUGAGCCAGGGACUCGGCUUCCCUUCCCCGCUCCUCAACAGCGGUGCUGGCUGCUUGCGCCUCAAGUCCUGCUUUGGAAAAGCCCCCAUGGUCACA